AUGGAGGGACUUCUCGCCCGGAACAAACCCUCUCACGCGCUCGCCUGGUCAUCCGCCGUCUCACCCGGCGUCCGUCGCGCCAACUCCGCAUUUCCAGGGCGAACCACCCCUUCUUUCCACACUCGUUGCGGGCGAUUACGGCCGAAUCGGCGCGUGCGCGGGGUAGUAAAAUGCUCGGCGCGCAGCGGGGGCGACGGGAGCGGCGGGGAUGCGGGCGGCGGGAUGGUGGGCGCGGUGACUGCAGCGGGGCAGGCGCUGUGGGGCAAAGGGCUGCCGCCGGGGCUCCUCGUGCAGGUAGCGCGAGAGGCAUGGGGCAGCGGGUGGCGAGUGAUGAUGGCGCAGCUGGCGCCCAGCGACGACGCCGGCAACUACAAGCGCACGCCCAGCGCAUACCGCCACACCAUCCAUCCCCCACCCUCCACCACCACCACCACCACCACCACCACCACCACCAGCAGCAGCAGCAGCAGCAGCAGCGCCACCACAAGUAGCCGGCAGGCAGGCGCAUUCCCAGCGGAGGCAGGGCGGUACCAUCUGUACGCGGCGCUGUCGUGCCCGUGGGCGCACCGCACGCUCAUCGUGCACGCCCUCAAGGGCCUUAGCGCCGCCGUGCUCCUCUCCAUCGCCCGCCCCGGCGACGGCGGGCUCUGGGAGUUCGUGCCAGCAGGCUCAGGGCGAGGGGGGAGUGCUGUGGCGCGGCGAGGGAGUGGGAGAAGGGGUGAGAGGGGAGUGGGAGGGGAUGGGGAGGGUGGUGGUGAGGAGGGGGAGGUGCUGGUGCCUACAGAGGACCGGGCGGGUGGGUGUGCGAAGCUGAAGGAGGUGUAUGGCAAGCAGCAGGGCGGGUAUGAUGGGCGGUGCACUGUGCCCAUGCUGUGGGACUCCAAGACCAACCGCGUGGUGAACAACGAGAGUGCGGACAUCAUUCGCAUGCUCAACUCAUCCUUCAAUGACUAUGCCACCAACCCACACCUGGACCUCGCACCACCGGAGCUCGCCCAGCAGAUGGCCGCAUGGGACGAGGAGAUCUACAACAACGUUAACAACGGCGUGUACCGGUGUGGCUUUGCUACGAGCCAGACGGCAUACAACAAGGCAGUGAACGACCUCUUCACCACUCUGGACCGCAUUGAAGCGCACCUGGCCAUGUCUCGCUUCCUCUGUGGCCCCACCCUCACCCUCUCCGACGUGCGCCUCUUCACCACGCUCGUGCGCUUCGACGCCGCUUACCACACUCUCUUCAAGUGCUCGCGCAGGAAGAUCGUGGAGUAUGACAACAUUCAUGCCUACAUGCGCGACAUCUUCCAGAUGCCUGGAGUUGCAGCCACGUGUGACAUCGAAGGGGUGCGAGACAACUACUUUGGUCAACUCUUCCCCUUGAACCCUGGGGGCAUCAUCCCUGUGGAACCUCUCAGCUGUCAUAGUCAAAUGCGUGAUGGUGACAAGCUUGAGCGAUCACGUCGCCGUGUUCGCCAUGGCGUCAACCUCAACGUCCGCCGAAGCUGCUACUGCAUCGGCCCCGUUCUCACGCAGCUUCUCGCCUCCAUGGAUUUCCUCCGACUUAUUCUUAUCGGCUUGGCCGUGAGGGCAGCGGCGGGAAACACCCUUGCUGACCUCGUGAAUCAGGUGGUACCAGACCUGCCUACGCUGCCCGCCGUGCCCGUGCCCACGGUUCCCCACAGCGUAUAUACGGACCAGAGCAACAACAACGGCAACAUAGCAAACCAGGUGCAGAGCAACACGCAGACGGCGGAUGCCAAAGAUUCCUCCACCGUCACCCAAACCAACUCCCAGUCGCAGACCGCGUUCGCUCAGGCGCCCGCCACUGCUGCUGCCGCUGCGGCAGCGCCGGCUCCUGCUGCCCCCCCGCCGUGCUUCCCGUUCCUGCAGAACCCACUGCAGGGCGUGCCGUCGAGCAUCACCAUUGACGUGCCGCCGCAGCUUCCGUGCACCAUUGAUGAGCCCGCCCUGCCGUCCCUGUCGUCUCUGCCUCUGUUCCCGCGUGUGCCCACCCGGCUGCCCACUGUCAGCUUCCGCUUCCGCGGGUUGCACCUGUUCCCACGCGGCGGCACUGAGCAGGUGCCGCUUGCACAUGGUAUCGAGGACAAGACUGCAAUAAGUGCUCCAUAG